AUUUGGCAUGCAAAUACAAGCUGGCCUGCCAUGGCAGCCGUCCUCUUCUCCUCCCCAGGCUGCAGCUCUCGCCUUUGAAGUGGAUUGAACUUUGUAAAGUUAUUUUCGUCCCCCUGGUGAUCUGUGGGUCCUGCAGGAGCUGGAGGCCACUGCCCCCCGGUGCAUGGGUAAAGUUGCCCCCAAUGUACUUACAUGCUGUGUGACUGCUAGACGCUCUGAGGAUGGCGCACCAGGGAACCUCAAUGGAGGCUCUGCUCACAUGGAUAAACAGCCUGAAGGUGGAUGAGCCCAUCGAGCGGCUAUCUCAACUGCACGAUCUAAACACGCUCGUCAAAAUUGUCACCAAGCUGAAUGGAAACCUGGAGGAAGCGCCCCAGAUUCUGCAGCAGCCUAUAGAAGAACGUCUGAAGUUCCUGCAGAGACAUUGCAGAUGCGGCUCUAAAGCAGAAGACUUGGUCCAGUGGGAGAAGAUCUUACAAGGGGAGAACAGCGAGCUGGAGAUAAGUAAGGUCAUCGUCCUGCUCUUCUACCUGUCCAACAUAAAGUGUAAGAGCGCCCAGGAGUGGGAGUCGUUUGACCUUAAGACGCAGACGGAGCUCGCCGCCAUACUGCGCUUCAUUCUUGAUAACGAGGAGGACUUAUCCGUUGAUGACAAGCUGAUCCACUUCCUGCAGAGGAAAGCGAGAGUGGUAUCCUCCAGUGACAGCGCCUCCAGCUCUGAUGAGAUCAUCAGCCCAUUGCCUGUCCGGCAGACACAGGUGCGGUUUUUGGAGCUGCACCGCAUUGCUUCGUCUUCCUCCAUGAAAAGCCUGGCGUUGGACUCUCCAUCCUCCCCCAUGAUCGAGGUUCUUCAUAUGCCUCAGUUCCAGAUCAGAAAGCUCAGGAAACAGCUUACGGAAGGCAGAGAGCUGCGGGAUGAGCUGGAACUGGAGCUCUCGGAGACUAAGAAAAGAUUGGCUGAAAAAGAUGCCCAGAUCUUCCUAAUGCAGCAGCGUAUUGAGCGCCUUGUGGUGCUGAAUGAAAAGCAGGCCGAUCAGCAUGAACCCAAAGAGCUGGAGGAGCUCCGCGAGAAGAACGAGGGUCUCAUGAUCCGGCUGCGAGACACCCUGAAGCAGUGCCAGGAUAUGAAGACUGACCGGAGCCAGCUUGAGCGCAAGAACGACCAGCUCUCGGAGGAGAACGGAAACCUCUCGUACAAGGUACGGGAAUUGUCCAGUCACGUGGCGCGGCUGAAGGAAGCCCUUAAUGAAACCUCAGAGGAGCACGAGGCGUCUGCGACCAGCUGGCGUCAACAGCAGAGCCAGCUGCAGAACGAGUGUGGCGCUCUAGUUGCAGAAAAGAAAGACCUGGAAGAGCGCAUUCAGAUCCUGCUGGGAAAGAUGUCUACGUUGGAAGACCAACUAAAGAUGGCGGGUGACUCGCAGGAGAAAGGGGAGAGUCUGGGGGAUGUUCUGAAGCUGGAACACCUGCAGGAAGAGGUUGUGGAGCUGAAUACGAAAUCGGCGGCACUACAAGCUCAGAUCGCAGCCCUGGAAGAAGAGAAGCGUGCAGCCUUGGCGAACUUUGAGUCACAGAGGGCCCGCUUUGAGUCUGAGAAAGUUCAGCUGCAGGACAUCGUCACCAACCUGCAGACCUCCCUGUCUGAGAUCACCUUCCAGAAGGAGAGGCAGGAUCAGGAGGUUAGGCUGCAAGAGGAAAAGCUGACCAGUCAGAUCACCACACUCAAGCUGGAGAUCUCCAAGCUGAAGUCCUCCCUGGCACAGAAGGACCAGGAGCUUUCUGGUCUCCACAAAGAAGUGGAAGAGGAGCGAAGAAAGAGGAGACAGUUGGCGGAUGUGCUGCAUAAACAAGAGGAGUCCUCCAAAAAGAGCAUUGAAGAACUCAACGGCCAAGUGGACAAUCUCAGGAGGACUUUAAAAGUUACUGACGGCAAAUUGCUGGAGCUAACCGAGAAAUUGAGCACAGGCGCCCAGCAGAUCACUAGUUUGCAGCAAGAGCGCAAUAAACUGGUUGAGGACAGAGAUGCCACAGUCACAAAGUUCGGUGAUUAUAGGCAAGCUAAGGAGGAAGAAUUAAGUGUCCUGGGUAAAACAUUGCAGACCUUGCAAAAAGAAAACAACGCAACCUUGACAGCAAAGGAGGAGCUGAAAAGGGAGAAGUCUGAGUUGGUGCUGAAAGUGCAGGCGUUGGAUGCCACCAUUCUAGACCUGAUUGCCAAAUGCCAGAACCUGGAUAUGGAGAACGUCACGCAGAACAAGACUCAUAACGCUACCCUGGAGUCCAUGAACUCCAAGCUUACGGAGAAAGAAGCUCAGUUAAAAAUCUACAAGCAGAAAGAGUCUGACAUGAAGCAGGUUACUGAAGAACACAGCAGAGUUAAAGAGCACUUGGCAUCACUCGAAGACACUGUGAAAAACCUAAAUGAAUUGUUGGAAAAGGAGAGAAAAUAUUCCGCUUCUCUGGAAGGCGAAAGGGAGAAAAAUUCUGUGCUUCAAGGGGAUCUGAAGAAGCUGAACGAAAGCGGCGAACAUGCACUUGCAGAGCUAGCUAAAGAGAGGGCUGUUAGUAAAAAACUGGAGACCCAGGUCAGCCAGCUGGAGAAGGAACUCAGAGCAAAAACGGAGGACCUGCAGCAGAAGUUGUCCCAGGCGUCAUCUGUGGUCAGGCAACGGGAGGACGAAGUUAUGAACCUUACAAAAGAAAUGGGCAAAUGGAAAGAGCGAGCGCAGAGCUCCAGCCUAGUAAAAGAGAAUUUAGCAAAUUUGCAGAAAGAGCACCAGGAUGUUUGCCAAAAGUUGGAGAGAGAACGGCUAAAAGUGUCCGAAAUAGAAGCCCAGACAAAGGCGGCCAAGUCUACCCAUAAGGAUCUUGUGUCCAAGUUGGAAUCUGCCCUCUCUGCGGCCAGAACUGAACUGGAGGAGAAGAAGGCUCAAGAGCAGAAGUUGCUUCAUACAAUCCAUUCGACAGAAGAGAAGCUUAGGUUGGCACAGCAGGAAAAAUCAGAACGCGUUUCACAGCUGGAGACCACUUGCAGCAAGACGGCACAAGAUCUUAAACUGCUUUCUAAAGAGCUCUCUGAAGAGAGAAUGAGGAAAUCUGAAUUGGAAGCCAACGUAAAACGUCUUGAAGAACAGAAGUCCAAAAGGAUGUUGGCUUUGGAAUCUGAAAUCGGCUCCAUGCAGGCAACCAUUAAGGAUCGGGAACAUAAUGCAAAACAACUUUCUACAGAGGUGGAGCGACUUAGAAAGCAACUAGAAGAGUCUAUGCAGAGGAACCAAAAGGAGCUCGUCCAGAAAGAUGCUGAGAUUUCUCGUCUGGCAGAGGAGAAAAAAAAGGUUGUUUCAGAACUUAAAACUGAGCAGUCCGUUAAAAUGGAAGUAAAAGCUCAGCUGCAGAAGUCUAUGGACAGCCAUAAGAGUGAGUUUUCGGCCCUUCAGAAUGAGCUAUCCCGUUCUCUUGACCUCAUUACGGUAAAAGAGUGCGAGGUGGAGAGACUUGCUAAAGAGAUAGCUGCCAAGGAAGAGGAGUUUCAGCAGGAGAAACUGACUGUGGCUAAGCUCUCAGAAGAGGUCGCAACGUUACAGGCAUCAAAAGAACGUGUGGUCGCCCAGGAAGAGGAAAUCAAACGAUACAUUAAUACCGUUAAAGCUACAGAGAAGGAUAUCACCCUUUUAAAAGCCACCAUCUGUGAAAAGGAGAAGGAGAUACGUCAUUUGCAAUGUGACAUCCAGUCUAAAAUUACAGACCAUUCCUCCAUCCAUGAGCAGUACCAAGCUACAGUUGGGGACGUGACUGUCCUCAAGUCUAAAAUCUCAGAGCUGGAGGAAAGAUGCCGGGAGGGUGAAAAGGCCUUGAGCAGCGCUCGCAAGGAGGCAGCUGACUCAAAAACGUCCGCAUCAAAAGAGCAGCAUAGCAGAAUCCAGGACUUAUCUGCCAAGAUCCAUCAGGAACAGCAGAAGUCUAGCCAGCUUGCGAAGCAGCUGGAAGAGGCACGAUCGUUGCAGUCCGAGAGAGAAUCUUCUUUAGAAGCUUUGAAGAAGGAGCUUUACCAUAAGGUUCAGGAACUAGAGCAGAGCCAGAAGUCUCUAAGCGAAUCGAGCAGAGAGUUGUCUCGUGUAGGGUCUGCUUCUCAGGAACUGGAGAAGUCUUUGGCUGAAGCCAAAACACAGAUUGCUAACUAUCAGAAAGACAUCGAAAAGACAUCUGGACAGAAUGACGGCAUGCAAGAGGAAUUGAAGAACGUGACUGCAAAGCUGGCCACAAACGAGCAACACUACUUGGAGAUCAAGAAGCUUCUGGAGAAGGAGAAUGCUAGAAGCAGUGGGUUUGAAAAACAGUUGAAGAUUGUCCAGGAAAAACUGGAAGCAUCCGGUAAAGAACUGUUGGAGAAGCAAGGGGCUGUCCAAAGUCUGAGCACUGAAGCUGCAAGCUACAAAGAGGAAGCCAAAAAGCAGCAGAUGUCUGUUGAAGGACUGCAGAAAAAACUGUCUACUCAAGAGGCAUCUAUAGUGAAGCUGGAGCAGGACGUCAUGACCUGGCAGGAGAAAUGCUCCCAGAAGGAAGAGCAGAUAUCUGGUGUAAAGCAGCAGCUUAGCAGCUCCCAAGAUCUUCUGAGAGAAGUAGAGUCUCUCAGAAGCAGCUACACUGAGCUGAAUGCUGAGCACGCUCAAAGGGAGAGCAAGUACAAGGAGGAACUUCUGGUGAACCAGAAGACUGCUGAGAAUUUGAAGCUCGAGCUAGAGAAGACCAAAGCAGAAGUGGCUUCCCUGGCAUCCCUUAAAGAGAGGUUGUGCAAGAAAGAUGGGGAGGUGGAGACUCUUCAAAAGGAAAAGAAUGACUACAUUAAGCAGGUCUCUGUGCUUCAGGAGGACAUCCAGAAACUGGUGGUAGACAAUAAGUCUCUGUCCCAAGCCCAUAAUCAGGAGUCUGAGAAGAUGCAGAGUAAAUUGUCCAAAAUCUCUGAGAAGCACCAGCAGGAACUCCAGCAAUAUGAUAAAUUGGUCUCUGAGGGCAAAGAACAAAUGGAAGAUCUCAGCCAAAAGCUGGAGGCGGUGACCAGCAAGUAUGACCAGGCGAAGACGAGGGUUCUGGAUGAGAGGCAGAAGUUCCAGGAGGAGAAGCAGAAGCUGUUGGCCCAGGUGGAGCAGUUGGAGAGUGCCAAGAAGACCCAAUAUGAGCAGGUGCAGGAGCUGAACAAGCAGCUGAGUCAGAAGGAGAAGACCAUCCAGAGUCAGCAGGAGAAGCUAAAGCGGGACAGUGAAGGACAUAAAGAAGUCGAGAAGAAGCAGAAACAAGUGACUGAGCUAGAGGCACAACUUGAACAGCAGGUUCAGGCAGUGGAGCACUACAAAGUCCAGAUGGAGAAGGCUAAGCUACACUAUGAUGCCAAGAAGCAGCAGAACCAGGAGCUGAGCAAUGAGCUUCAGAACGUCACCCGGGAGCAGGAGCAGCUGCGCAAGGAUAACGCAGAGAGCAAAUCGGAGACGGAGCGCCUUGCCAAGGAACUUCAACUAUCGCUGAUGCAAACCAAGGAGGCCGAGCAGAGCUGCAAGGCCCUGACCAACCAAGUGAGGAGCCUGGAGGCUCAGGUGGAGUUCGCAGACAGGCAGCUUCGUGAGUUGGGAAAGUCUCAGGUGGCCACUGAUGCGAUGAAGAGCCGGGAGACUCUAGGCCCACCUCGGAUAACCCGGAGCCAGGCGGACGUUAGCAUUGACAGUCUGGAUAUGAGCGAUGAUGAUAACCCUUUGAACUCCACCAGGCGGAACGGCCGCUCUAAUCAGGAACCCUCGACAUCUGGCCAUUCUGUCAGCCCAGAAGCUCCAUCAUCUAGCCGUCUUCCCAGAAAGGUGGAAUCACUAGAGAGCCUCUACUUCACCCCCAUCCCCAACCGUGUACAGUCCAAGCUGGAUGCAAGUCUUGGGUCUAUUGGCGAUCUGUCUCUAGAUUCUAGCAAGAAGACUCGUUCGGGCCGGAGACGAACCACCCAGGUCAUCAACAUAACCAUGACUAAGAAAAAGAAGGAAGAGGCGGAUCCAGAGAGUGCCAACACCUCCUUCUACAGCCUCCGCUCUACUCCGUCCCAGCCGAAUUUACACCAGGCGAGCACGCGGCGUGGAAAGAAGCCCCAGUCGGCCGUUUCAGCCCCCGCCAUCACCAGCCUCCCGUCCCAGGAGUCUCUGGUGAAAUCGGAGCUCACCUCGUCGGACGAUAGCCUGAAUAACUCUGUACUGAUGAACUUACCCGGCUACCGGCCCCCCACUCGCAGCUCUACCCGGCUGUCCCAGGGAGGAGGCCGGAACAGCUUCUACAUGAGCACUUGCCAGGAUGAACCAGACCCCCAGGAAGACUGGAAUAGAAUCGCAGAAUUGCAGCAGCGGAACCGGACCUGCCCCCCUCAUCUGAAGACCUCCUAUCCCCUGGAGUCCAGGCCAUCUCUCCUACCUUCCAUUACGGACGAGGAGGUUAAAACCGGAGACCCCAAAGAAACCCUGCGGCGCGCCACGCUCUUGCCAAGUCAGAUCCAAGAGUCCCUGGCAGGCGCACGGAGGAAGACCUUGGCGCCCAGCGGAUUAGAGGGGGCAGAAGGUGGAGUAACAACGCGGCAUCAGAAACGAGCGACUGAGGAGUCUCACUAUGGUCCUGACACCCCGGAGGCCAAGAAGUCUGCCAGUUGCUUUCCACGGCCAAUGACUCCCAAAGACAGACCAGAGACCCGCAGAAUGUCCACCGCAGAAAGCAAAGCGGGUACCAGCCAGCAGGCGAGCACAAGCCGGCGCCAGUCCAUGGCUUUCACCAUUCUGUCCACCCCUAAGAAGCUGGGGAGCAGUCUGCUCAAAAGGGGUCUUAACAAAAAGACAACUCCCAAAAAUGUCCCCCAGGGACGGAAACAAAGCGGUAGCGCCGCCAGUUCACCGCAUCUCUCGCUCCACAAGUCCCCUGGCAGGAAGUCCCCGAGAGGGCCCGCUGCAAAGUCCCCUAAGACGAGUAAGGUAUCACAAGAACUACAUGUACAGUUUUUUGAGCGCAAACAGAGCCGGAACAAAUAACAGGACAGUGCUUGGAAGGGUGCAGCUUUAAUCUAUGGACAUCCGUGGGGCGGACGUGGGUUUGAAUUGCUUUGCUGUCACCAUAUCUGCAAAUUACAAUAUGUAAAUGCUUUGUGCAUGUGGACUUGUGCAUAGCGGUCCAGGAUGAGGAUCUGUAAAAGUGGCUUCUGGUCGGUGAUGACUUUAAUGAAACCUCUGCGACGAGACAGUAAUUGUGGACUCUGUUAAUGAUGGAACGGUCAGAGGUGGCUCUUCCAGGAAUCCUGCGAUCACCGCGUGCAUCUCCCACUGCCUGUGAUGUGUAAUUCGCCAGGCGAUGUUAUGUUUGCCAGAUACUAAGCUAACUCUUCUUAGUGCCUUAUUGCUGUGGCUCUGUAAUUUAGCUUAUUUUAUUUUCUUUCCCCUUUCUAUUUAUUAAACCUUAAUCAUUUGCCUGGCAGGUUCCUCCCAGUGUCCUUAUAUAACCGUACGGCAUUUCCGUCUGCCUCUGUGUGCUAAAUAGGUGAGAGCUGGGUCGUUUUUCCCAGUGGGUUGUCAUUGUCACCAAUUCCCCAGUGCUUACGCCUCUGUUCCGGCCAGGUGAACCAGCGACUGUCCAGGCUUUACAUUGGGGUAAACUGUUCUGUACACAAGUCCUGAAGCCUGGCUUGUGCUAUUGACACCAUAUAUUGUGGCUUGUGUUAUAACAAGCCUACGUAACGAUGGUCUUUAGCUGACCUCACGGCGCUCUCCUGUGUGUGUCAGUCGGCUCCCACCCAUUCUUCUACCCAGUAAAGUCACAAUCGCACUCCAACAAAAAAGCGCAAACGCCAAAUAAAGGCCUUUUGCGCCACGAGACGCAGCCUUUUUUCCGCGCUGCGUCACCUAGGUUUCCGCUGUGUAUUGCUGGCCCAUGGUUAGCCAUUCCUGCUCGCUUCCACGUAAUACGGGAUGUUACAGGCCCUGUGAGCGCUGACUGUUCCAAUCCACGCCACCUGCACACACGGACGUCUCGAUGUAGUGUGUUUGGCACCUGUAUCGGUCAAUAGGAUUUGAUGCCUUUUUAAAAGUUCUUUUAAAACAAACAGAAUAUUUUCUAUCACUGUAUAUAUAUCUCUUCACAUGUUUCAUUGGAUGUUGCAUUUUAGAUUUUCUUUAAACCAUUUCACAAAUGUUUGCAUGGCGUGACUAUCGCUCACUAAUGUACAUACACAGAAUGUGUCACCCAGUACGAUAUUUAAUGUACGAGUCCGUCCUCCUAUAUACCAUGUACACUCACACGCAGUGCUUUUUCUCUAGUCGGAUCGUCUUCUGUUUGAGAAAUCGCCUGGAGUCUCUGGGAGGUCUAAAUGGACCCUCGCCCGUGUAAUUACCUUGGGGUCCAGCGAGUGUGACCCGGUGUUAUUUUCUUUAGUGAUUUCCUUUAAGAUGCAGUCGGAACCUUUGGGACUAGUUGUUGCCUGCUGAAGUGUUGCGGCCGAUCAGAUCAUGUGUACCAGGAGAUAGAAAUGUGCCACGCUGUUUCACCUCGAUUUGCACUAAGGGACCGCCAUGGUUAUGAAGUAAAGAUAUAAAAUUAGUUGCACAGCUUAAAUCGGUUUUACUAUUGACAUUUGUGUCUAGAAGGCGGCAUUUCCGUUACCCCAGUGGGCCGGAACACCCCAUUUAGUGCGGUGGGGAUGAAGGAUAAUUAUUUCUGUUUGUCUGGAGGGGACUUUUCAACCUCGCCAUUGGGAAACUCCUUAAAACUGCAUUUGAUCUUCGGUUUCCUUUUAAAUUGCAUGGUGGCGGCCGCACUUAUCAAUAGUGUCCCAUAUCUCUGACCUUGCUCUCCAUAUGUUACUUUUUUUUUUUUUUCAAGCAACUUUACGCCUACAUAAACAGGUGCAGGCUGGACACAGGGUCUGGUGUGUGUCCCCUCCUAGUGGUAUACCGCAUCUUGUAGAUGCUGAGCAGGUUCUAGGUGCGCGGCGGAGGUCAGUCCCACCCCGGAGACUCUGCGAUUUGGUUGUAUGAUGACAGCUCGUGUGUGUCUUUCUUCUUCUAUCUCCGUAAUCUUUUGCCUGAAGUGUAGAUUUAGAGAGAGAAAUUUUUUAGUUGUUUUUUUUAUUAUUAAUGCUCCUUUUAAAACCAGGCCUCAUUGCUUUGUACCAUUGUGAAAGUAAAGUGACGCACAUACAGGGGAAUGUAAUAGAGAUUCGUCCUCUCUCUGCUGAAGCUAUGCUGAGAGUUGUUGUCCAUCUUGGUGUAAUCUCUGGGAUUAGUUGUGUCUUCUCUUUCUGUAAAUAAAGUUAUCCACUCA